AUGGGGUUUCCGCCUAAGUGGUGUAGUUGGAUUUCAGGGAUUCUUUCGUCGGCUCGGGUUUCGGUUCUUGUUAAUGGUUCGCCAAAUUUUGAGUUUAGUUGCAACAAAGAAGCUCUUUCGUGUAUAUUCGACAAGGCUUGUGAGAUGGGUGCCCUUAGUGGCAUUGCUCUCCCUAAUGACGGCCCUACCCUUUCCCACCCUUUGUAUGCGGAUGAUGCAAUGAUUCUUGGAGAGUGGUCCAAAGGAAACGUUUUGAACGUUGUUAGAAUCCUUAGAUGUUUUUAUGCUUGUUUUGGCCUUCGGAUUAAUAUCGGAAAGUCUUGCCUUUAUGGGGUGGGGGUUAGCAAUGCAGAGGUGAUAGAGAUGGCGGAGCUUAUGGGUUGUAGGUUUGACUCCCUUCCGUUUAAGUAUCUUGGUCUUACGGUGUAA